ACGAACAGCAGUGUGUGAAUGUGGCAACCGAGGUAGACAGGGAGGGGUAGAUAGACUGACCAGACCGGGUUUUUGUCUUUUUGCGUUAAUUUUAUUUUCUUAUACACCCAAGAGUCUACGGUUUAUGUUAGGUCACGCUCGUAAACUUGUUUAUACGGCUGAAAACCGGGCCGCCGCCGCUUUUAUUUGGGACUAAUCGUUACCGUUGUGAAAGCAGCCCAGAAGAAAGAAGGAAAGGGAGAAACAACAUGGGGCGAUAAUAAAAAAAAAAAAAAAAAAAAAAAAAAAAAGGUGUUGUGUUGUGAACCGACGAUGACUCCCUGGGAAGAUCCGUGAAGAUUAUUUAUUUUUAUCCCCCCCUAUUCCUUUCCCCCUGUGUCUUUUUUGUUGUUGUUUUAUUUUAAUAUCCACUCCUCCCUAGCUACUUGGGAGGCUAUUUUUAAGGAAAAAAGGCAACGGGAUACGUUACGAGAGGACUUAAAGAUGGACCAAGCCGGCAUCCUGAGAAAGUUUAUCCAAGGGGUGAAGGCCAUGAGCGAAGGGGACGAGGAGAGGGGAGAGGACAACUUCGGCAGCGACUUUAUGAGGUUACGACGGUUAUCAACCAAAUACCGGACGGAGAAGAUCUACCCUACCAACGUAGGAGAGCGAGAGGAGAAUGUCAAGAAGAACCGAUAUAAAGAUAUACUGCCAUUUGAUCACAGUAGGGUGAAGUUGACAUUAAAAACUACCAAUCAGGACACAGAUUACGUCAAUGCCAAUUUCAUCAAGGGUAUGGAUGGUCCCGAGGCCUAUAUUGCAACUCAGGGCCCACUGCCGAAUACAGUUAUUGACUUUUGGAGGAUGAACUGGGAGUACAAUGUUGCUGUUAUUGUAAUGGCUUGUCGAGAGUUUGAGAUGGGAAGGAAAAAGUGUGAGCGGUAUUUCCCUCAGCAGGGGGAGGAGCCCAUGACUUUUGGACCUUUCAGAAUCUCCUGUGAAUCAGAGCAGACCAGAACAGACUACUUUAUCAGGACCCUGGUUGUAGAGUAUGAGAAUGAAACCCGUAGAAUAACACAGUUCCAUUAUAUGAACUGGCCAGAUCAUGAUGUCCCCUCAUCAUUUGAUUCCAUACUGGAUAUGAUUGGACUAAUGAGAGAAUACCAGGAGAACGAUGAUGUCCCUAUAUGUAUACACUGCAGUGCAGGGUGUGGGAGGACGGGCGCUAUCUGUGCUAUCGACUACACGUGGAACCUCCUGAAAGCUGGGAAAAUACCAGAAGAUUUCAAUGUCUUCCGGUUGAUUCAAGAAAUGAGGACACAGCGACACUCUGCAGUUCAGACCAAGGAGCAGUAUGAGUUAGUUCAUAGAGCCAUUGCACAGCUCUUUGAGAAACAACUGCAGCUCCUGGAGAGUCCCACCAACACGCAGAUACACGAUGGCAUGGAUGAAUGCAGUCCAGACAAAGCACGCCAACAAUCAGAUGAUGAAAGAUGGGACACACCACCUCCAAAACCUCCACGCAUACGCAGUUCCCAGGUAGAAGGUGAUGUUAAGGAAGAGAUUCUGCAGCCCCCAGAGCCUCAUCCGGUGCCCCCCAUUCUAACCCCAUCUCCUCCAUCAGCCUUCCCCACGGUCACUAACGUACGACAGGACAAUGACCGCUACCACCCCAAACCUGUCUUACAUGUUGUGGCUACCACUCAGCAAAACACAACACAGAAAAAGGAAGUGGACCAGCAGCAGAACCAGUCAGAGACCAGUACAAACACCAGUCCAUCAGAGCAAAAGGACCAAGAUCUACAAAGUCAAAAACAGCAGACCCAGACCCUAGAUCUGAACGACAACUAUAACAAUAAGUCAUCCUCAACAUCAACGAAGUCUGAAUCAGGCCCAAGCCAGACUCACACCCCUUCCUCCCCCCUCCUCUCUCCAAUCAUGGAAUGUUCUGGUGCUCCUCGCAUCGAGAGGAAGCUGAGCAUUGAGAUUAAAAAGGUGCCGUUGCAGGAAGGACCUCGUAGCUUUGACACUUCCUCCUCGAUGGGAGUAGCUGGUGGCACUGCUUCAGCUAACAGUGGGGGUAUGCUGCAAAGAGGUCAUGCCUUCAAAGCCCGCUCUGGCCAGUCCCUGUUGACGUCUAGUUCAUCUCUGUCAGAAGACUCAGGCACAGAGGGUGGAGCAGGUGGAUGUGGGGACAGUCAUGCAGAUGGAGCCAUCCUAGCCAGACCAAACCACCUCCCUGUGAAGAGCAGUGAGAAGGGUGAGGCUCCAGGAGGGGAGAGAACAGAGGUGAAACCUGGCCAGGCAGCAUGGUCUCAGCCCUGCAACAGUCCGGAAAAACACUUAUCCAAAACCUCCUCCUCUUCUUCCUCCUCCGACCGCGUCGCUCCAUCCUCAUCCUCCUCCUCUCACCUCUCCUCCUCCUCUUCAUCGUCCUCCUCGACUCCUGUUAGGACUGCCCUGAGUUUCACCAACCCCCUACACUCUGAUUACUCAGAUGAAGAGGGGGACGGAGAGAUGUCUGGAAGGGAGGGCUAUCGUACUAAUAUUUCCACGGCAACAGCUAUGGUUUCUUCAUCUUCUCACCACGGAGACCAGCAGCCAAUCCGAAAAGUGUUGUCCAUGUCAAUCGCAGGACAGAACGCUCCAUCACCCCCUGCAACCACAGCAAACUGCUGGGACAGCGAUGACUCCCCUCCCCCCCUCCCUGAGAGAACCCCUGAAUCCUUCAUACUGGCCUCAGACCCUUUGGAAAUGAGAACAUCAGCCUCAGCUGAAUGGAGUGGUUCAAACAAAGAUGUGUCGGACUGUGUUAAGAAGACGUCUCCAGCUGAUCCUGCACCUGCUGGCACCACAACAACAGACAACAAGGCAGACCUGGGUGGGGUUCGGUAACCGCUGCAUUCAGCCCAAAGGCCCUCGAGAACCCCCCCUGGAGUGGACAUGAUGGAAGCAUCCAUCAGCCUGUCCUCCAGCAAAGUCCUCUCUUGAGUUGGACUCUACUGAUCUCACCUGGCUGGUCCAAAACCCAGUUGAUAGACAGCACAUAUUUACAUAGAAACAGCCUCUGUGUACGUCUGUGCCAACACCUCCUCCAGACUGAGCUCCGUUUUCCCCACGUCCUCAUCAAGGUGCCACUGUGUUAAGCAGAAGAACACUUACUGGUCAAGGGGCUUGUCCAUCUUAGUACAAAGCCCACAUUCUUCUCUUCAGCUUGCUGACAUUAAGAGGGUUUGAUUUCUCUUGAUGCUGACCUGGGUUUCAGUUUGGUCAUUUCCCUGUUAAGGAUGAAAGGAUAAUUCCUGUUUUACCCUUAAACAUUAAUCUGUUUUGGUGACUUUAUGGUAAAUUUAUAGUCAGUUGAGCUGUAGACACAUCAUGAUAACUUUUCCAUGCUCAGACCAUAUGAAUCAGGAUGUAGAAGUCUCCACGUUCACUUUAAAUGAACAGGAAGAACACUUUGUUUCACACCAAAUAUUAAAAAAAGUCACUUUUGUGUUGUGCUAAUCAGGAAUUAUCUUUAAUCCAAAAAGCUACUGUGGGAUGCUGAUUCCUAGGGUUU